GACCCAGUAACAGAGAUACCCCAGAGAGAUGUCCCCGUCCUCUGUAUUCCCAGGAUUGUACAGAGAAUAAUCACAGGACCCCACAGGAGGAUCAGGUAGAACGUCUUUCUCGUAUAAAGGCAGAAGAUAUAAGGAGAGAAGAAGAGACGUGUGUGACUGAUAUGAAGGCAGAAGAUAUACAGAGGGAAGAAGAGACGUAUGUGACUGAUAUGAAGGCAGAAGAUACAGAGGGAGAAGAAGAGACGUAUGUGACUGAUAUAAAGGCAGAAGAUAUAGAGGGAGAAGAAGAGACGUAUGUGACUGAUAUAAAGGCAGAAGAUAUAGCGGAAGAAGAAGAGACGUAUGUGACUGAUAUAAAGGCAGAAGAUAUAGAGGGAGAAGAAGAGACGUAUGUGACUGAUAUGAAGGCAGAAGAUAUAGAGGGAGAAGAAGAGACGUAUGUGACUGAUAUAAAGGCAGAAGAUAUAGAGGGAGAAGAAGAGACGUAUGUGACUGAUAUGAAGGCAGAAGAUAUAGAGGGAGAAGAAGAGACGUAUGUGACUGAUAUAAAGGCAGAAGAUAUAGAGGGAGAAGAAGAGACGUAUGUGAGGGGUGAUCAGCAGUGUAAGGAGGAGGAGAUCCCUACAGAUAUCAGCACAGAUGGACACACAAGCAGGAAUAUCUCAGAAGGACAUCUAAUGCUAUCCCUGGAUUCUGAAAUAACAGAUAAUGACAGUAGACAGGAUUCUCCAGGAGCUAACCCCAUUACCCCAAUUAUUCAUCCAGCUCUAUCAGCUGAUCCCUCUGAUCCUGGGAAAUGUUCUCCUGAUCACUCUGAUAUUGGUGCAUCUGUUACAGCUCUGAGAGUAGAUACAGUGUUUCCCUGUUCUAUAGAUGCCAUAUGUUUUACACAGAACACAAACCUUAUUACUCAUCAGCCAUCUAAGGCAGGUGAGAGGCCAUUUCCAUGUUCUGAGUGUGGGAAAUGUUUUACAUAUAAAUCAUAUCUUGUUAGACAUGAGAGAAGUCACACAGGUGAGAAGCCGUAUUCCUGUUCUGAGUGUGGGAAAUGUUUUGCAACAAAAUCAUUUCUUGCUACACAUCAGAGAAUUCACACAGGUGAGAAGCCGUAUUCCUGUUCUGAGUGUGGGAAAUGUUUUGCACAGAGAUCACAUUUUGUUAUUCAUCAGCAUGCUCACACAGGUGAAAUGCCAUUUUCCUGUUCUGAGUGUGGUAAAUGUUUUGCAUGUAAAUCAGUUCUUGUUACACAUCAGAGAAGUCACACAGGUGACAUGCCAUAUUCCUGUUCUGAGUGUGGGAAAUGUUUUGCACAGAAUUUACAUUUUGUUACACAUCAGAGAAGUCACACAGGUGAGAAGCCGUAUUCCUGUUCUGAGUGUGGGAAAUGUUUUUCAUCGAAAUACCAUCUUGUUAGUCAUCAGAGAAGUCACACAGGUGAGAAGCCAUAUUCCUGUUCUGAGUGUAGGAAAUGUUUUGCACGGAAAUCAGCUCUUGUUAUACAUCAGAGAAGUCACACAGGUGAGAAGCUGUAUUCCUGUUCUGAGUGUGGGAAAUGUUUUGCACACAAAUCACAUUUUGUUAUACAUCAGAGAAGUCACACAGGUGAUAAGCCGUAUUCCUGUUCUGAGUGUGGGAAAUGUUUUUCAUCGAAACCAGAUCUUGUUAUACAUCAGAGAAGUCACACAGGUGAGAAGCCAUAUUCCUGUUCUGAGUGUAGGAAAUGUUUUGCACGGAAAUCACAUCUUGUUAUACAUCAGAGAAGUCACACAGGUGAGAAGCCGUAUUCCUGUUCUGAGUGUGGGAAAUGUUUUGCACACAAAUCACAUUUUGUUAUACAUCAGAGAAGUCACACAGGUGAGAAGCCGUAUUCCUGUUCUGAGUGUGGGAAAUGUUUUUCAUCGAAACCAGAUCUUGUUAGUCAUCAGAGAAGUCACACAGGUGAGAAGCCGUAUUCCUGUUCUGAGUGUGGGAAAUGUUUUGCACACAAAUCACAAUUUGUUAUUCAUCAGCAUGCUCACACAGGUGAGAUGCCAUUUUCCUGUUCUGAGUGUGGGAAAUGUUUUGCACAGAAAUCCGCUCUUGUUACACAUCAGAGAAUUCACACAGGUGAGAAGCCGUAUUCCUGUUCUGAGUGUGGGAAAUGUUUCGCACAGAAAUCAGCUCUUGUUACACAUCAGAGAAUUCACACAGGUGAGAAGCCAUUUUCUUGCUCUGAGUGUGGGAAAUGUUUUCCAUGGAAAUCACAUCUUGUUAGACAUCAGCAAAGCCACACAGGUGAGAAGCCAUUUUCUUGCUCUGAGUGCGGGAAAUGUUUUUCACGGAAAUCACAUCUUGUUAGACAUCAGCAAAGCCACACAGGUGAGAAGCCAUUUCCGUGUUCUGAGUGUGGGAAAUGUUUUUCACGGGAAUCACAUCUUGUUAGACAUCACAGAAGUCACACAGGUGAGAAACCAUUUUCUUGCUCUGAGUGUGGGAAAUGUUUUACACGGAAAUCAGAUCUUGUUAUACAUCACAGAAGUCACACAGGUGAGAAGGCAUUUCCAUGUUCUGAGUGUGGGAAAUGUUUUGCACGGAAAUUAGAUCUUGUUAUUCAUCACAGAAGUCACACAGGUGAGAAGCCAUUUCCAUGUUCUGAGUGUGGGAAAUGUUUUACACACAAAUCAGAUCUUAAUGUACAUCACAGAAGUCACACAGGUGAGAAGCCAUUUGCAUGUUCUGAGUGUGGGAAAUGUUUUGCACAUAAAUCAGAUCUUGUUAGACAUCAGCGAACUCACACAGGUGAGAGGCCAUUUUCUUGCUCUGAGUGUGGGAAAUGUUUUACAAAGAAAUCAUAUCUUGUUAGACAUCAGCGAACUCACACAGGUGAGAGGCCAUUUUCUUGCUCUGAGUGUGGGAAAUGUUUUACAUGGAAAUCCCAACUUGUUACACAUCAGCAAAGUCACACAGGUGAGAAGCCAUUUCCAUGUUCUGAGUGUGGGAAAUGUUUUGCACAGAAAUCAGAUCUUGUUAUACAUCACAGAAGUCACACAGGUGAGAAGCCAUUUUCUUGCUCUGAGUGUGGGAAAUGUUUUACAAAGAAAUCACAUCUUGUUAGACAUCAGCGAACUCACACAGGUGAGAGGCCAUUUCUAUACUCUGAGAAAUAAAUCAGCUCUUGCACACAAUAAACAUCACUCAGGUGAGGAACCAUUUUAAUCUU